UGGUACACGAACUAAAAUUUAUUGCCUUUCUAUGUCCAUCUCUUUCUAUAGUGUAAAGUGAUUAAAAUAUGGCUAUCCUGUUGUCAGAAAAAGGUAGCGGGGCCAAAUCAUAUUUUCGGCAUCCGCAGUAACACCUCGCCUCGUAACUCGAGGAGUAUAGAACGUUGACAUUCCUAUUACAUUCUCUAUCGAAUACGUACGCUUUAGUCUUAAGUUAUAACUUAAAACAAUAAAUAUGAAGAACAAGUACAGGAAUACGGACUCGUCAAUAAAAGCUGGUGAUUUGAUCCUCACUGAACAACCUUUCGCUUUUGUUUUGUCGUCGAAAGAACAAGGAAGCCGGUGCGAUAGUUGUCUUGAAAAGGGCAAAGUGCUGAAAUGUUCAGGAUGCCAGUUUGUCUACUACUGCGGCCGAGCGUGCCAGAGAGAUGCGUGGGCCGAUCACAAGUGGGAGUGUGCGAACUUCAAAAGGGUGGCUCCGAAAGUGCUGCCCGAUGGAGCCCGCAUGCUGGCCAAGAUCAUCAACCGCCUGUACCGAGGAGAUGGCCAUUCCUUCAGAUCGUUCUACUCCGGGACAUCGUUCCGAAUGUGGAAGGAUUUAAUGUCGCAUUACUCAGACUUAAAAGCCGAUACGAAAAGGAUGGAUCAUUUCACCUCUCUAUGCGUUGUGCUGUACGAAUUCCUAAAAGACAUAUCACUGCCCAACACGGUUGAACUUAUGGGAUUGUAUGGUAGGAUGGUAAUAAACAGCUUCAUGAUCCUAGACAUCGACAUGAAUUCCAUCGGGACAGGCAUUUACUUGGCGUCCUCUAUAUUGGACCACAGCUGUGAUCCGAACGCGGUCGCCACGUUUGACGGCAAGACUAUCAACAUUAGGGCUAUUAAGGACAUGUCAAGCUUGGAUUGGAAUCAGAUGCGAAUAUCAUACAUCGACCUUAUGAAGACGCCGUACGACCGACAGUCAGAGCUUCUACAGAACUACUACUUCUUAUGCCAGUGUGACAGGUGCAUGGAUGAAAAUCAGAUCAAGUAUGUGCACGGAGCAACUUGUCUAAACAAGCAAUGUGAUGAACCAGUCAGCAUUCCUUGGAAAGAAGACUGUAUAUUAGUCAGAAAGCCUGAGAAGAAGACGGAAGAAAAUGGAGAAUUGGCCACAGACAAUCAAACUGUGGAGAAAAUUGAUGAGAAUUCUGCCUUAGUUGCAGUUAAUGGCAAUGAUAGCAAAGAGGAUGCUUUACAUUGCAAAGAGUGUGGUACAAAGUAUACGGAGAAGCAUGUUGAUGUCUUUGUGAAGACCAUGGAGUUUACACAUGUGCAUUUACAGAAUAUGGAAAGGGCGUCUGUGGCGUAUGUGGACGUCUGCCAAUACUGCCUAGACCGGCAAGAGGGGGUGUUACACCCUCUGAACGUGAUGCACGCGCAGACACUGGACCAUGCCUUUGAUGCACUCAUACAGGUGCAGCUGUGGGAGAAAGCUUGCUUGUAUGCUGAGAAGCUCAUUCCUUGCUUUAGGUUCUACUACGGCGACAGAAAUCCCUUACUAGGCCUUCUGCAUCUGAAAUAUGGGAAGAUCUUGCUGUUCAAGAUGGAGGUCGAUAAAGCGCUGGCCCAGCUGAAAACUGCUGAAAAGAUAAUCAAGAUGACACACGGAGACAGACAUCCACUUUAUAAGCAACAGCUUUUACCUUUACUACAACAAGCAAUAAUGGAAUCGUGAAUUUGAAUUUUAGUGCCUGUAGUAAUAGGGGUCAUUUUAGUAUUUAAUGUGGUUUAAAUUUGAAACAUUGAAACUACAGCGAUAUUUUAGUGCAGUUACACAAGUUAUCUGUGUGUUAGGAACAUCUUUUUAGGAGUACAGUUAAGUUUUCAUUGGAAUUCUUUGCCUAGAACUUUCGAGUCACCAUUACAACUUCAUGAAAAUAUGCAAUAUGUCGUCUUUUUCAAUAAAACUGUACAAGAAUUUGAUAUAAUAUUUUUAAAACAUUAUUUAGCUUUUUGUGUCACUUAUGUAUUGAGGUUAGGGACAUUGUAAUUAUCUGGUGAAAUAUAAUGUAAUUGUGAUAAUUUUAAAUCUCUGCUCCCAUAUAACUAAGAAGCAUACUUAGAUGAAAACUAGAACAUCAGAUUAGAUAUUAAAGUGACCUUACCAUAAUGAUAAUUAUUGUCAAUUAUUUUAAUAAGUCACAAGGCUGUGUGUGCAAUAAAUUGGGUUAAGUUGUCGUAAUUAGAGCCUUUUUUAAAUAAAUUAAUUUUAAGUCUGA